UAUUAAAUUAUAAUUAUUAUAAUUAUUUACUUAUUAAAAUUUUUAUCUUUUUAAAAUAAUAAAAUACUUUUUUCUAUAUACAUUAAAAAAAAAGUCAUAUAAAUUAUAUAUAUUAUUCUAUUUUUAAACACAAUUAUAUUAUGGACAAACCUGUAUCAUCAGAUAUUGUACUCAUUGCGGGUAAUUCCCAUCCAGAAUUGGCUAAUCUUAUUGCCAAUCGAUUAGGUGUUAAACAUGGAGGAUGCUCUGUAUAUCAUAAGUCAAAUCGUGAAACUAUGGUUGAAAUUGGAGAUUCUGUAAGAAGUAAAGAUCUCUAUAUUAUACAAACAGGAACAAAAGAUGUAAACAAUAAUAUAAUGGAGCUUCUGAUUAUGGCAUAUGCAUGUAAAACUUCUUCAGCAAAAAAUAUUGUUGGUGUCAUUCCAUAUUUACCUUAUUCAAAACAAUGCAAAAUGCGUAAACGAGGAUGUAUAGUUUCUAAACUAUUAGCAAAAAUGCUUUGUAAAAGUGGUUUAACACAUAUAAUUACAAUGGAUUUGCAUCAAAAAGAAAUUCAAGGAUUUUUUGAUGUACCAGUCGAUAAUUUACGAGCUAGUCCAUUUUUAUUGCAGUAUAUUCAAGAAUCUAUACCAGACUAUCACAAUUCAGUGAUAGUUGCAAGAAAUCCUGGUAGUGCAAAAAAGGCUACUAGUUAUGCAGAAAGAUUACGUCUAGGAAUAGCAGUAAUUCAUGGAGAGCAACGUGAAGCAGAAUCGGAUAUGAACGAUGGACGUUAUUCUCCACCUGCAUUAGCUUCACGAACAAUGGAAGUUGGUGUUGGUGUUCCAAUGCAUCCUGCUAAAGAAAAACCUCCAAUUAAUGUUGUGGGAGAUGUAGGUGGGCGUAUAGCUAUUAUGGUGGAUGAUAUGAUAGAUGAUGUUCAAUCUUAUGUAGCUGCAGCAGAAGUUCUUAAAGAAAGAGGAGCAUAUAAAAUUUAUGUUUUAGCUACACAUGGACUCUUAAGUUCUGAUGCUCCAAGAUUAAUAGAAGAAUCCCCAAUUGAUGAGGUUGUUGUUACAAAUACAGUUCCUCAUGAUGUUCAAAAAAUGCAGUGUCCAAAAAUAAAGACUGUUGAUAUCAGUAUUUUGCUGGCAGAGGCUAUUAGGCGUAUUCACAAUAAAGAAUCUAUGUCAUAUUUAUUUAAAAAUGUCACUUUAGAAGAUUAGAAACUAUGAUGAAAUAAUACAUUUUAAAUAUACUGAGAGUUUCUACAUUCAAGGACCAUAUACAAAACAUAUCUAUCGAAUUUUGUUUAUUAUUUUAUUUUAAAAAAAAUUGAUCAUGCUAGUCUCAUUUAAUUUAGAUUAGAAGUAAUUAAAUUGCUUCAUAAUUUCCAUAU